AGCGAAUAGCUUUUCUGUUUAGCAUGUAUCAUUUUCAUUUUCAGAGAGCUUUAUUCCUUUUAUGAUCAUCAGAUUUACACCUUUGAAAUGCUGGGCUGGCAGCUGACACAGUGGUGUCAGUUGUGGUAUUUCUCUUCUCUCCUGACAGUGAAUGAGAGCUACAGGUCUGAAUUUAUAGAGCUAAAGAAAUGGCUGAAAGAAAGGAAGUUUGAAGACACGGGCUUGGUACCUGCGUAUUUUCCAGGAACAGGAAGAGGGCUGAUGAGCAAGACGCCACUGCAGGAGGGCCAGACGAUUAUCUCACUGCCCGAGAGCUGUCUGCUCACCACAGACACUGUGAUCCACAGUGCCUUAGGGCCCUACAUUAAGAAGUGGAAGCCUCCUCCGUCCCCUCUGCUGGCUCUGUGUACGUUUUUAGUCUCAGAAAAGCAUGCGGGUCAUCAGUCCCCAUGGAAGCCUUACCUGGACAUUUUGCCCAAGUCAUACACCUGCCCGGUCUGCUUGGAGCCUGAAGUGGUCGCUCUUCUUCCGGAACCUUUAAAGGCUAAGGCAGCCGAGCAGAGAGCCCAUGUGCAGGACUUCUUCGCGUCCUCUAGAGGCUUUUUCUCUACCCUGCAGCCUCUGUUUGUAGAGCCUGUCGACAACAUUUUCAGCUACCAUGCCUUCCUGUGGGCCUGGUGCACCGUGAACACCAGAGCUGUGUACCUGAGGUCCAGGAGGCACGAAUGCCUUUCUGCAGAGCCAGACACGUGUGCGCUGGCUCCCUACCUGGAUCUGCUGAAUCACAGCCCACACGUGCAGGUAAAAGCAGCGUUCAAUGAGAAAACCGGCUGCUAUGAGAUCACCGCAGCCUCACACUGUAGGAAGCACCGGGAGGUGUUCAUCUGCUACGGCCCCCAUGAUAACCAGCGCCUGCUCCUGGAGUAUGGCUUCAUCUCCUUCCGUAAUCCUCACGCCUGCGUUCCUGUCCCCCAAGAGGUUCUGGUUAAAUGCCUCCCACCAGCAGAUAAGCAGGCCCACAAGAAGAUGUCCAUCCUGAAGGAUCAUGGCUUCACACAGAAUCUGACUUUUGGAUGGGACGGACCAUGUUGGCGCUUAGUCACAGCUCUCAAGUUGUUGUGUCUGGAAGCUGAGCAGUUUACGUCCUGGAAAAGAGUCCUCCUUGGUGAAGUAAUCUCAGAUGCAAAUGAGAAGACAAGCUUGGGUAUGGCCCAGAAAAUAUGCUCUGAUUUCAUCGAGGAGACUCAGGCUGUGCUGUGCAAGGUGUGUCUCCUGAUGCUGCAGGGCGCAGGGUCCCUGUCCUGA